GACUACAACGUGAGCUACACUCGCCGUAUAUAAUCCCGAGUGUGGCCGCGUAGCAUCCUCAGAGGAGGGGAGAUGGAAAAGGAGGCGUAAGGAAGCAAAACAAACAUUUAAAAAAAAAAAAAAAAAACGGAUUUCAAAGCGAGGAGUUGGAGCAACGUCACCGUCAAUGAAGGUUGGAUGCUGAGGACGAGGAUGCGACUAGCUUGAUUCGGGGGGGGGGGGGGGGGGGUGGACGCUUAAUAAACACCAUUUACUCAUAUUUUUAUCAUUAUCCGUUAAGUGAAAAACUCUUCAGGGAUGGACGUGAGCUCUCAACACUGAGGCUGCCUGUUCGCCAGUUGUUCCCCCAUGGCCCUCAUUCACGAGUCCCGUGCCCCAUCUCCAUCUCUCUCCGGCUUCAACACCCCUCUCUCCGAAACCCCGUCCUUUCGCCGGCUCGAUGCCGAAACUCCCUGCACCCCUGAAAUGGACCUGACACCGACCCAGUGCGUCCUUCGGAACGUCCUCUCUAUAGACACGGGGGGCACGGUAGAGCCGAGAGGAGGAGGAGGAGAGGAUGGACCGACUUCCGGGCCCCACCAGACGCCAGGCGAGGAGCAACACGAUCACUUUGACAACAGCGUCCUCAAGCUGCACGACCACGACGGGGGUCCCACCAGGACGGAGGGAGAGGGGACGGAGGCGGACGGCAGCGCUGUGCGGCGCGAGGCGGGCAACGCUAGGCUGCAGUGCCAGUCCAAUGGAGGAGGCGGGGGCUUUCUGGAGGGCUUGUUUGGCUGCCUGCGACCUGUCUGGACUAUGAUCGGGAAGGCGUACUCCACGGAACACAAACACGACCUGGACGAGGCGUGGGAAGUCCCCUUCGAGGAGAUAUCGGACCUGCAGUGGGUGGGCAGUGGCGCCCAGGGUGCUGUCUUCCUGGGCAAGUUGCACGGACAGGAGGUGGCGGUGAAGAAAGUGCGGAACAUCAAGGAGACGGACAUCAAGCACCUCCGCAAGCUCAAACACCCCAACAUCAUCACUUUCAAAGGAAUCUGCACCCAGGCUCCGUGCUACUGCAUCCUCAUGGAGUACUGCGCCCAGGGCCAGCUGUACGAGGUGCUGAGAGCGGGCAGGAAGAUCACGCCAUCACUCCUCAUGGACUGGGCCAUGGGCGUCGCCGGCGGGAUGAACUACCUUCACCUGCACAAGAUCAUCCACAGAGACCUCAAAUCGCCAAAUAUUCUUAUCACAUAUGAUGAUGCGGUGAAGAUCUCUGAUUUCGGCACGUCUAAGGAGCUCAGCGACAAGAGCACCAAGAUGUCCUUUGCCGGUACGGUGGCCUGGAUGGCCCCCGAGGUCAUACGGAAUGAGCCGGUCUCAGAGAAGGUGGAUAUUUGGUCUUUCGGCGUUGUGCUGUGGGAGAUGCUGACAGGAGAGGUACCCUACAAGGACGUGGACUCCUCUGCUAUCAUCUGGGGAGUGGGCAACAACAGCCUGCAGCUGCCCGUACCCGACAGCUGUCCCGACAGCUUCAAACUGCUGUUGAGGCAAAGCUGGAAUUGCAAACCAAGAAACAGACCUUCGUUCCGACAGAUUCUCCUACAUCUGGACAUCGCUUCAGCGGACAUCUUGUCCACCCCACAAGAAACCUACUUCCAGUCACAGGCCGAGUGGAGGGAUGAGGUCAGGCAUCACUUUGAGAAGAUCAAGUCCGAGGGAACGUGUCUUCACCGAUUGGAUGAGGAGCUCAUCAAACGACGCAGGGAGGAGCUGAGACAUGCACUCGACAUCCGGGAGCACUACGAGAGGAAACUGGAGCGAGCCAACAAUCUCUACAUGGAGCUCAACGGCAUCAUGCUGCAGCUGGAGCUCAAGGAGAAGGAGCUGCUCAAGAGGGAGCAGUCACUGGACAAGAAGUACCCGGGCUGCUUCAAGCACCACAGCUCCAGGCAAUCGGCCUCCUCAAACUCCAUGGAGAAACUCAUGAAGAAACGCAACGUGCCUCAGAAGCUGCCAGUGCACAGCAAGAGGCCAGACUUACUCAAGUCAGAAGUCAUCCUUCCCAAACUGGACUCCUCCAUGACCCAGGUGACUAUUCCCACCAAGGGCUCCACAUCGCCCGGCCGCUCCCGCCGAGGGAAGCCACGCUACAGGAAGGCGGGCAAAGGCAGCAGCAGCGAGUUGGCUCAGCUGAAAGCCACGCUGUCUUCGUCUUUGGCCAUGAUAAGCGCCACCACGUCGGUCCCCAGCAGCAAGCAACGUCUGGACCCCAGCGCCGCGCUCAGGGGCCUGCAGCACGACUUGCUGCUCAAGAAGAUGUCCUCCUCCAGCCCCGACCUCAUCUCCACCACGCUGGAGGCAGAGGGACGCAGGAAGGGCCAGCCCGGUCCCGGCCUGGACCGGGCGGGCAGCCAGAGCGCCUCGGCCGGGUUGGAAGAGGGCGGGCCGGACACCCGCCCGGACGUGAGCGCCGGGACGGAAGAACUAGCGGAAACGCCCCCGCGCAGCGACACGCCCAGUGAAGACGCCGCCUCCGUCCCAUUUGCUAGCAGCCCCGACUCGCCAUGCGGUAGGGGGGCGGCGGCGGGGCGACCGUCGUCCAUCGGGAGCCCCCGUGUUCCUCAGGACGGCGAGGAGAAGGAAGAGGGCGCGGUGAUCACGCGCUCGCCCAGAAGUCAACGCCUCACGCCAUCAGCGCUGCUCUACAGAGCGGCAGUCACGCGCAGUCAGCGCUUGCGGGUGAUCUGGAGCCUAUCCCAGCUGACUUUGGGCAAGGGAAGCAGGAUACACCCUGGACUGGUCGCCAGCCAGUCACAGGACACACAGAAACAAACAACCACUCACAUUCACACCUAUGGACAGUUUAGAACAGGGGCAUCAAACUCAUUUUGUUAUGGUUUCCCUCAGAGGGCCGUGCUGACUGUGAAAACCAAAUACAGUGAACUCUGCAUAUUUGCGGUUAGCUCUUUUUAUACUCGGGCCCAAGCAAUGACAGUAUUGCUUUGGCGCCGUCUAGUGGCGUCUUGAUGUCAAGAAAGGUUGGUUGAAGUUGAAUUGAGACGUUUCAUGUAGUGCUUUCAGGAGUGUACGAAUUACUCGCACAUUUUCGCUAUUUGCGGUAGGGCUUGGUCCCUAUCCGCCAUGAGUAGUUCACUAUUAAUGUAUAAUCACCUCAUCAUAUUAUUACAUACACAAUUUCCCCUGCAUCUGGUUGUUAUUAUACAAUAUAUUUGUAACAUCAAAUUUCAUUUGAAAUCAGAAGUCUUGAAAAACAGUGGCAGACCAUUAUUGUCCAAUUUAUGUUUAGAAAGGAUUUAGUGACAAUAUAUGCUGUUAAACCCGGUUAAAGUGAAGAAAAAAAAUGCUAUUUUUGUAUAGUUUUUCUGUCAAAAUGAAAAGAACAAAUUCAUUUAGCAAGAAACAUGAAGUAGACAGUUUAUUUGCUUUAGGCCAGAUCUGGUUUUGUCCAGUUUGACACCCGUGAUUUGGUGUCUUAAAAUAACCGCAUGUUUUGGGAAAUUUGGGUGAAUUCAGCUCCCAAAGCCAAUUUCACUGAGCAAUAUGAAUUUCGGUAGACAUGUCUAUCAUGGGCGGCACGGUGGACCCUUUAAGCAAUGGAUAUCAAAACUCAAAUGGUGGAGCAUUCCAAGCGCGCUCUGCGACACUCCGUACCAUUUAUAGCUAUCGAUAUGGCGGGGCCUGCAAGGCAGUCAUGAUUCUCUGUGAGCAGCAGAAAUCUACCAAGAGAAAUACAGUGGGCUAACUCUAUUUUGGUCAUUUUGAAGUCAAGUUAUCUUUCAUGAAAUAGUGAUAGAUUUGACAUUUGUUUAGAUUCAGACCACUAUUACAUUAAAUUUGUGUUCUAAUCGUAGUUUGUUUGUUUUCCUUCAGGCAGCCUAGAUGAUACUAAGUGGGCUCCAGCCUAUGAAAUUGAAGAUGAUGCCACAGUACCUCAGUUGUGGAUUAAAGUGCAAGCAAUUGAUCCAAUAUGAAUAUCCAACAUGAUCCUAGCCCGAAAAACAUUAUGCAUUGGUGCCUGGCGAUUGGAAUUUUUUAAUUUUGUUUGUAAUAUUGUUUUUUUUUUUUAAUGAUAAAGUAGCACUCAAUAUUAUACUUUUUAAAAUUAAAUACAAUUAUAAAGAGUUACCAUAAUUUCUUGUGUAUAAUAUGCACUCCCCCACAAAAUUCAUCAAAAGUUGAUAGAGCGUAUUAUACAUGGGUAUAAGGAAAAUGAAAACACUCUUUCACAGGUGUACUUUCAUUCCAAUCUGAUAUAUAAUGUCUAAUGUUACAAAUAUAUAAUACGCAUGUAUAAUAGGGUACAUUUUAGCUGCUCACCCGAGAAUCAUGACGUCCUUGCGGGCGCUGCCAUAUCACAUCAUAAUCUGUUGCUCUGUUGACAGCAUCAGAUUAGCAUUUCAGUUUAAUAGCUGACAGAUUUAUUUCUUGUCCCGCCACUUCACAGAGCACAUCUUCAAAGUUAAAAAAUAUUGGGAAAAUGAACACGUUGUUCAGAAGAAAACAGGGAAGUCAACCAGAAGUAAUCCGGCACAUCAAAAACUAACGAACACAUUAAUCGGCUUGAAGGAAUUAUGUCAACCAAACACUGUAGUACUUUCAUUCCAUUAAGAUAUGUAAUGGUCUAAUGUUAUAAAUCAGUGGUUCAAUCGUUACAGAAACACCAACCUUUACAUUUAGUAAAGGUUGUAUGACUUUCUGAAUGAUUGAGC